CGGUAGACUCUCCACUUUCACACUGUUGUAAAAAAAAUAUGGAUUUUCCUAAAUAUGAUGGAAAUAUUCAUCCAGAUGAAUGGAUACACGAUAUUCAGAAAUAUAAUUACAUGUGGUACAAAAAUUGUGGAGGGUUUUUAGAAACUGCUAUAUCAUUAGUAGAUCCCAUUAUCAAACUCCCUGAUGAUAUUUGUGAUAUUGAAGAACUUCGUAGUUUAUUAAAAGAAAAUAUUACUUUUACAGUAUUUAAGAAUACAAACAAAAAAAAAUUACAAUCAUUGAAAUAUAUUCCUGAAAAUAGAGGUGGUGAUACUUCAAAAUUUAUUUCAAAUUUUCUCAAAUUAUGUUAUAAUGCUGAAAUUAAUGAUAUAGAAGAACAAAAGAAUUAUCUUUACAAAUCACUUCCGAUGAAUAAUUACUUUUCGAGCGAAUUUUAUAAAAAAACGAAAAAUGUAAAUUCAGUUAAUGAAUUAAUUAAAGAAUUUGAAGAGAUUACUGUUACAGAAUCGAAUUUGAUUAAAGAUGAAUCUAUUAUAGCUUUAAAGCAUAUUGCUACAGGAAAAUAUUUAAGUUCAACUGAAAAUUUACAUUAUACAACUGGAAGCAAAUUUCAAUUGAUUUUUGCAGGAAGCCCAGUACCUGAUCCAAAUUCUUUAUGGAAAAUUGAAUUUGGUAAAGAAUUAGCUACUUACAACAAUACUUUUAUAAAGUUACAACACGUCAAAUCUAGUAAUAAAUUUCUUGGAAUAUAUUAUUAUGAUUAUUUUAGAUCUCCAUCAAAUAACCAUACUGAAGUGAGUUGUAAUGAUAUAAAUUAUGUUAGUAACCGUAAUUAUUGGGUCGAGAAUUGGAAAUUUAAUCAUGGUAAAUUGGAAAAUCAUCAAGGAUAUUUAGAAUCAAAUGAUAUUAUUAACCUUAGUAUUGAGAAAUACUAUAAUAAUAAUAAAGUUGAAUUUUUACGUAGUCAUGAUAUUCAAUUUACUAUUGGGAAUGAUACCUUUCAAGAAGUUGUUUGUCAUAAUGAAAGAUUAGGAGGAAAUGAUGAAUGGUGCAUUGAGCUUAUUAAACAACAUGUUUGGACUAUAGACGAUUAAAUAAUUUUGAUUAUUAAUUCAUUUAUUAGUUAUUUGUUAGUUUCAUAUUCAAG